UCCAGUAACCCUGCGCAGCUGUGCGUUUGACUCACGCAUGGGAAAACAUGGCGGCCGCUCCGUUGUUGCUGUUUAUGGAAACUUGAACACCCGCACCCUGCCUAAAAAUAGCUCCCACCCCCACCAGUUGUACCGUCAUGAAAGCUGCAUUUCUCCUCCCCUCACCAGGGACAGUCGGGCGACGUUUGUCGGGAUAAAUGUCACAGAAACGGUGACGGGAAAACGUCGCAUGUAGCGGGUCUGCAGCGAUCGUCUGACACUUCCUGCACGUUUUCUGUCGUCUGCAGAGUUCUGUGUUUUUCCCGCAAAUUGUCGUCUGCUGUGGGAAGGACGGCGUUGGAUCGAGCCACGCGGCUCCCGGAGGACUGCUGUACUGAUGAUCAUGACGGUAGAGAGAACUGAGAACGCUGCGGCUGUGGAGCAGCCGGGACAGGCCGGGGCCCAGGGGCACGCUUCGCCCGGGCACGGGGUCCAGCAGCCCCGCCAACCGCAUCGCGAGGCAGCACCGGCCCACCAACAACAUCAGCACCAAGCAGCGGCCAACGCGCAGCCAAAACUGCAGACGAAUGAGAUGAUUCUACAGCAGCUUAGAGAGAUCACAGGUGUGGAGGAUGUCCGAGCCCCUGGACCAUGCCUACCAGGCUGGCAAAGGUGACCUUGCAGAGGUUGUGUCCAUCCUGACCAAUCAGAACGUGUCUCUAGUGACCAACCGGAACGAUGAAGUUGUGCAGGUACAAGUUCAGGUUCGUAAUGCACAGCGCCCAUCAGGGCAGGCAGGCAGGCCUGAUGGCAGGGCAAACACACAGGAACCAGCUGGGGUGAUUGACCUGACAGCUGACACAGAAGACAAGGAUCAGGAGGACCUUCAGCGGGCCAUCGCCCUCAGUCUACAGGAGGCACAGACAGCCAACACUGCAAACAGACCCCAGGGUGAGUGCAGGCCCAAGAGGAGAAAAAGCAGCGUGUCGUGGGACAAUGUACAGGAGACUCCUCGAGAACCAGGCUGGCCUGUCGGGCUGAAGAACGUGGGCAACACCUGCUGGUUCAGCGCUGUCAUCCAGUCUUUGUUUCACCUGCCUGUGUUCAGAGACUUAGUCCUGGGAUUCCGCUUUUUCCCCAAGGACUGGCCAGCCAACAGCAGGGAGAGCCUGGUGCUGCACUUCAUGCAGGAGCUGCGCUGUCUGUUUGCCCGCAUGCAGGGCUCCAACAGGAAGUACAUCGACCCCACCUGUGUGGUGAAGAGCCUACGGGAACUUAUCCCCUUCAGGGCAGGGGAGACACAGCAGGAUGUGAGUGAGUUCACCCAUAAGUUGUUGGACCUGUUGGAGGAAGCUUUCAUCAUCGUACAGCGCAGACAGAGCACACAGCCCGGCAGCUCAGCCAGCGCCAACACUUCUGAGAAUGGAGGUGACAAGAAGAGUAACCCCAUGUUAGACCUGUUCUAUGGUCGGAUCCAGGCAGAAGGCAUGCAUGCUGGUAAGAUGUUCACCAACCAGCAGACAGUGGGGCAGUACACGCUGCAGGUGAACGGCUUCAAGGACCUGCACGAGAGUCUAGAGGGCGCUACUGCACAGGGGGAGAUUGAGACAGGCCACGAGGAGGGGGCCACCAAGUCUGGACUAGAGCAUUGGUUCACACAUCUACCACCAGUGUUGACCUUUGAACUGUCCAGAUUUGAGUUCAACCAAAAGUUAGGCAAAGCAGAAAAGAUUCACCACAAGUUGGAAUUUCCCAAGUUUUUGUACAUGGACAGAUAUCUUGUAAAAAAUAAGGAGCUGACUAGACUGAAGAGAGAAGAAAUGAAAAGUAUGAAGGAAGAAAUGGAUACGCUACAAGCCAAAUUGGACAGUUUCCUGAACUACGGGUCUGGCUACAAACGUCUGCCCUUGCCUGACAUUCUGAAGUACACGCUGGAGUUUGCUGAGAAGAGCACAGUUCAGGUGACAGACGGCCAAGUCCAGAGGAGCAACGGCAGUGGCAGCAGUAAGGCAGCUAACGGGAACGGCCAUAAUGGCAGUGAGAAGAAGACUACAGAUGAAGAGGACGGAAGUUCUGAUGACUUUGAGGUGAUCUCAGCAGUGCAUUCAGCAGACAGCUUGGCCUGCUUGUCCAAGAAGACGUUAGAUGCAGUGGCAACCAAGAAAGCUGCGCCUGUGCCCACCUCUGAGGAGAUGGCCAUCCCCAGUAAAGUUCACAUUCCCUGUCCACACCACGUCACUAAGGAGGAGCUUGCUGUUCUGCAGACCUGCUUACGACGUUGGAGACAUGAAGCAGAGAAGGAAGUUAAAGGAUUGCAAGAUAGAAUUUUAUACUUACAGGCCAAGAUUGAAAACUUGUAUGAGGAUAAUUCAUUAAAACAGGUGCCUUACCAGUUACAUGCAGUACUAGUCCACGAGGGGCAGGCGUCUGCCGGCCACUACUGGGCGUAUGUGCGAGAUCACACGCAGAAUCGCUGGCUGAAGUUCAACGACGUAACGGUCACAGGAAUGUCGUGGGGGGAACUACUGAGAGAGUCAGAGGGGGGGUACCACCAUGCCAGUGCCUACUGCCUUAUGUACAUAGACAUCACCAGGAAAGAUCUGGUGGAAGUUAAACUGCAGUGGAGCCAGUAUGAUGAGCUGAAGUUGAUGGUUCUUGCGGAAAACGAGAGAUUUAUUGCUCAGCAGCGUGACCUCGAGAGCAAACAGAGAAGAACGAUGGUUGUUAGGGAAGAAGACCCACCCGCCAACCAUGGCAGGGGACAGGGCACCACUUCUGAAAGUUCCUCUGGGGAAGUCGCCGACCAACCAAUACAAGGGCAGGAGCACCGUGUUGAUGUCCAGCGCAAACAGCCUCCCCAGGUCAAACCUAAACCUGUGACUACAGAGACCCAGCAGGGAGUCAGACUAGGGAGGACCUCACAGCAGUCCACCCCCUUGGACCACAGUGGGCAUGUCCUCCAGGCCACAAUGAAGACGAUCCUGGAAGUGUCCAAUAUCCAGGAACAACAGGGACCUGAGAAAGCCUUGAUUAAGGCAGUUAACAUUGAGUACCACCGUCUGCGCAGCCUGGUGGAGAAGGGCAUCAGCAGACAGUAUGACCCGCGGCUGGAGCACUGUGUGGUGUACCUCAUCCUGAACGGGGCAGCCAGGGUCAUCGUGGAGAGGACUCUGGUGGAGCAGUUUGCAGACAGGGGGUUGUCAGGGGACUCCAAGUCUAUUGAGAUUAUGAAGGUGGCUCAGUCCAAGCUGAAAAUCAUGCAGUUGAGUGAGGAGAACCUAAAAGCAUAUGAGAAAUGGCAUGCUGACUACGGACUUUUCCAGAAAACAGUGAUGUUUUUGUUACGUGGCAUAGAGUUCUUCCAUCAAGAGAGGUUCCCGGAGGCCCUGACGUACCUGGUCCAUGCCUGGACGUACAACCAGCAGCUACUGGGGGAGGGCAAGAACUACAUCAUGGCAGCUGACUCUUCCCUCAUCACUCACUACAGGACACAGUGCCUUAAGUCCCUGAGCGAGCAGGCCUGCAGCCUGUUUGAGAGUGGAGACACAGAGAGCGUGGAUGAAGGUCUGCAGCUGAUGGUGGAGCUGGUGGUGCCAUGCAUGGCCCUGCUGCAGGAGCUGGGUGGCACUGACAGCGACCAGGCCAUCGCUGAGGAGAUCCGCAGUAACUGGUGCGACUACCUGGGACAGGACCUGCCGGACUGGUGCCAGGAGAAGCUGCAGGAUUUCCUGCCGCAGCUGUUGGACUGUUCGGGGGACCUGCAGCAGCUGCGGACUCCACCUGCGGUCUGGCCGUCACAGCACCUGGCAGAGUGGUUCAGUACUGUCAUGCAGGCAGUGGUGCUGGCGGAACCAGACACUGUGGACUGAGACAGGCUGAUCUACGCCACACCAGUGGAUUACCUGGGUUCUUGGAAUGUUCAAUGUGAAGAAUGAAGCAAGUGGACAACAUGAAAACAGAAUACUGGAAGGAAGACCCGAGUACUCAAUCCCUGUAACUGUGUGGCACUUGAAAGCCAAGACCCAAGAACUUGAAUCAGUGUAGACAGUGUAGAUCUCUACUCUACCACAUGUCAGUUUUAAAAUGGACUGUAAAGAAUAAGUUUAAUUUGGGGGAAUUGCAACCUUAAAUUCUUGUUUCUAGUGAGCCAAACAACAACAUCUUGUAUAUGUUCUCAUUGCAAACUGACAUUAUAUCAUAACCAUCUGAACAAAACCUGUAUGGAGUAUUAAAUUAUGUGUAUAGCUAU